CUCUCAGAGCCAGGUCUUCCUCGUCAGGCUCUGAGUGGCCACGAAAUGAAGGCACCCAGCUUUGCUCUGUACCUGCCGCUCUGCUUUGGGGGACUUUUGUCAGCUGACCAGGAUCUCCAAGCCAGGCUGGUUCUCCGCAUUCUUUGAAUGGCCGGUCUUCUUCUGUGGCCACAGUUUGGCGGUGAGAGAGAGCUGCGUGGAAUCCAGCGGGCGCUCCGCCAGGUCAGCAACUUGAAGCCCUGCUGGGGAAGGCGUCGAGGUUCAAGUCACCGAAAAGCCCUGGCCUGCCCUCCUCCUGAGGCCCAGGGGCAGCCAGACCUCUCCUCUGAAGCCAUGAGCCCCUCCCAUCCUGCACGCCCAGCCCUGGCCAAGCUUGGCCUGUGGUGGCUCCUUCUGACCCCAGCAGUGUCGGCGCCGCGAGCCCCCCACACCCAAGCCGAGGAUCGCCUCUUCAAACACCUCUUCGGGGCUUACAACCGCUGGGCACGGCCAGUGCCCCACACCUCGGACGUGGUCAUCGUGCGUUUCGGGCUGUCCAUAGCCCAGCUCAUCGAUGUGGAUGAGAAGAACCAGAUGAUGACCACCAACGUCUGGCUCAAGCAGGAGUGGAGCGACCACAAGCUGCGCUGGAACCCGGCCGAGUUCGGCAACAUCACAUCCCUCCGCGUCCCUUCGGAGAUGAUCUGGAUCCCGGACAUUGUCCUCUACAACAAUGCAGACGGGGAGUUUGUGGUGAACCACAUGACCAAGGCCCACCUCUUCUCCACGGGCACCGUGCACUGGGUGCCCCCCGCCAUCUACAAGAGCUCCUGCAGCAUCGACGUCACCUUCUUCCCCUUCGACCAGCAGAACUGCAAGAUGAAGUUCGGCUCCUGGUCGUAUGACAAGGCCAAGAUCGACCUGCAGCCGAUGGAGCAGACGGUGGACCUGAAGGACUACUGGGAGAGUGGCGAGUGGGCCAUCGUCAACGCCACGGGCACCUACAACACCAAGAAGUACGACUGCUGCGCCGAGAUCUACCCCGACGUCACCUACUACUUUGUCAUCCGGCGCCUGCCCCUCUUCUACACCAUCAACCUCAUCAUCCCCUGCCUGCUCAUCUCCUUCCUGACCGUGCUGGUCUUCUACCUGCCCUCCGACUGCGGGGAGAAGAUCACCCUGUGCAUUUCCGUGCUGCUCUCGCUCACUGUCUUCCUCCUGCUCAUCACCGAGAUCAUCCCCUCCACCUCCCUGGUCAUCCCGCUCAUCGGCGAAUACCUGCUCUUCACCAUGAUCUUCGUCACCCUGUCCAUCGUCAUCACGGUCUUCGUCCUCAAUGUCCACCACCGCUCCCCCCGCACCCACAAUAUGCCCCACUGGGUGCGGGGGGCCUUUCUCAGCCGUGUGUCCCGGUGGCUACUGAUGAAACGGCCUCUGCCACCCUUGGAGCUCCAUGGCUCCCCAGAUCUGAAGCUCGACCCCCCCUAUUACUGGCUGGAGACCAAUGUGGAUGCGCAGGAGAGGGAGGAGGAGGAGGAAGAGGAAGAAGAGGAGGAGGAGGAGGACAGAUGGGUGCCAUCCCCCUCCACGGGUGUCCUCUACAGCCAUGGUGGUCUGCACCAAAGGCUCUCCUGUCCCAAGGCGAAGGCCCCAUUGCAGAAGGGCAGGCUCCUGCUGUCACUUCGCAUGCAGAAGGCACUGGAAGGCGUGCACUAUAUUGCUGAGCACCUGCGGUCUGAGGACGCUGACUCUUCGGUGAAGGAAGACUGGAAGUACGUGGCCAUGGUCAUUGACAGGAUCUUCCUCUGGCUGUUCGUCAUCGUCUGCAUCCUGGGGACCGUGGGACUCUUUCUCCCCCCGCUCCUGGCUGGAAUGAUCUGACUUCACAUCCCUGGCUUCCGCCCGAAGGUGGCCCCCUGCCCUUGUUUGCUGCUGCCUCCAGAGUCCACCUUUGGGGUCCACACCCGGUGACUGCCGGUGCCUCUCCGUGGCGUCCCGACACUGGCCCCGCCAUCGAAGACUUCCUGGCCCCACUCACCCGGCAGACACACUCUGUGCUGAGAAGCUCCUGGGCCCAGAGCCCUGUAGGGAUGCGGAGGAGCAGGAAUGGAGGCAGCUGCUCUGCAGAAGGCCAUGCCGAGGUGCUGACCAUGUGAAGCUCAGGAGAGCUACAGACACCCAGUGUCAGGAGGGCCGAGCAGGGGGAGCCGAUGGCAGGGGUGGGGGUGGGGCCAGGCGAAGAGGAACAGAACACAGACCUCAAAGGAGGCGUCAUUGGGAAGAGGGGAGAAGGCGCCAGGGGGGCACACGGGCUGUGAGCAGCGUUUUGGAUUCUGGAAUGAGUCUGAAGUGUCGGGGCAGCCGGGCUGGGGUUGGUUCCAGUGUGGGGAGCAGUGGCUGGCGGUUGGGAAGGUGGGUUGGGGUGUCUGAACCGGGUAGAGAAAGGGGUUCAGAGUCUCAGACCGCAGACCUGACAGCAGAGCGGCAAAGGCUUUCCGGAAGGGGAGGAGGGGAGGCAGGGCAGGGGAGUGGAAAUGCAGGGUGACCCUCGGCAGAGGGAGGAGGGUGCAUGGUUGGAUGCCGGUACUGGGCCAGCCCACACAGCUCCGGUGAGCCCUGAGACAUGCCCUGCCCUUUAGCCUUCCCCUCCACCCCAUUCCCCAAAACUGGCUCAGCACCAGCUGCCCCAGGAAGUUGAGAGUCCCUGUCUACAGGGGCACCAUCUGCCUUUCAACUCGGGUGGACAAACCACAAGGCCAUCUCGAGCCACUUUCCAGCCACAUCAAGCCUACAGCUUGCUCCCUCCCUCCCUCCACAGGGCAAGCGGUGGCUGGUGGGCACUGAGAAGGGGCUGCUGUGUAAAUGCAAACACGCAGGACCAGGACCACUUCCCUGCCCAGCAUGCCCUCCCCGUCCUUCCCAAAGCCCCACAGCUUGUCUGACUGGCUCUGAGCUGCCCUGUGCUGUCUGUUCUUGAACUUGGAAUCCAGCAGUCCAUGGCCCUGGCUGCGGUGGUCAGGCCCCAGCCCUGCCCCAUCCAGACCCACUUCCCCAGCAGCCAAAAGAUGUGGGCACUGGGUUCUUGGGUCGGUGUGGGGACCCUAGGCAGAGAGCUGAGCAGACACUGACUGUCAGGAACUGAGUGUCAGGAGGCAUCAUUGGGAAGAGGGGAGGCACACGGGGGGCACACAUGUUCUGUUCCUCUUUGCCUGGCCCCACCCCCACCCCUGCCUUCGGCCUUUGGGGUCCUCUCCUUCCGAAGUCCCCCUUCGCCUCCCCCUACAGACCACGUGGAAACCCAAGACACCUCAGGCCCAGCCUCUGCCCCUCAGUUCUCACCCAAGAUCCCCACUCAGUGGCCCAUUCUGAUUUCUGACCUCCCCCCCUCACCCCCCCUCCCCGCUUCAAUGCACACAGCCCCACCUCCCCUCCCUCCUGGCUCGCCCAGCCUGGAUCUCCUGGUGACGUGAUGUUCCCUUAUGUUAGUCUGUCUCCCAUCCAGCUUGCAUGUGAAUAAAGUGAUCAAAUAAAAUGGAA